GUUUUUUCCAUGCUUGACACACAGAGCCUUUGCUAUGCAACAGCUACUUGUUCAAUGUUUCACAAGUGUGCAAUGGAUCCUUCUUGCUAUGCCAACAUCGACUUAACAACAGUUUCUCCGAGAGUUAAUAAUGCAGUGGUUUCUACAAUGAUCCAUCGAGCGGGAAACUCCCUUCAGUCUCUUAAGCUUGGUAUAGUUCCUGGCCCAACUGCACCCCUAGGAUCUUGCCAACCAUUGGUUUACAACAUCCGGAACUCUGUAGAUGUUACUAGCUUCUCAUGGAAUGACAAGAGAUCCAGACAGGGGAAGGAGUCAUCAGUUCUUACAAGAUCCUGCUUAAGCCCUUUGGGUGGGGGCAGUAGUUCUCCUGGGAUGCUCUUAAGAACAUUGCAUCUUUACAAUAUUGAAAGAAUGGAUAAUACAUCACUUUGUGUUGCAUUAUCUGCUUGUCCGUCUCUCCUUGAUCUGGAAAUUGUGGGCCUCCAUGUGGAGUUGAGACAGACAUUGAUGUCUGUGAUUGAUAGCUGUCAGUUGAUAGAGCGUUUGUUCUUUGAAUCCUCAAAAACAGGCAGAGAUGACAGCUUGAAAUCACCAACAUGUGUUGAUCUAGUUCAAAACUGUCCUCGUUUAGUGUCUUUAGCCCUUAGAGGAUUUAAACUACAUGAUUACAAAGUUCGCAUACUUAUUAAGGGACUCCGGAAGCUGAAAUAUGUUGACUUUUCAACAUCCUACUCAAUUACUGGAAGCUUUCUUAGAAACCUUGGGAACAGUAUAGGUGGUAAUUUAUUGGAGGUCUUGAUUUUAAGAGACUGUAUGCAUCUAAAAGAGGUGGAAGUUGCUCGUUUCAUGACAUCAUUACUUGCUGGAGAUUUCAAGUUCCUCCGACAUCUAGAUAUAUCCAAUAGGGAAGGGUUGGCAUCUGAGGGUGAUUGGUAUGAGAGAUGCUACAAUUCAAGGAUCAUUCCAAUUGAGCAAGUAAUGAAGGAGAGGCCUGACGUAUGCUUGCUGGCUGAUUUUCCAUCAGAAGGAAGUUAUUUCGAAAUUGAACAGAUGCUGGAGAGUGAAAUAAACAGUGAUGUCAGUCUGCCAUCACAGUUGAGCAGCCAUACAUCUGAUUCGAUGUUUAUAAGUUCUUCAGAAAGCAGCUAUAACAGUGAUCAAGGUAGUGGCAAUGAGGAUGGCCGAGAUUCCAGCUUUGUAAUAUUUGAGGAGAGCUCCGAUGAGGUGGAUUUUCUGGCCCUGUAGGAGGGAAGUUUUUAGCAAGAGCUGGUAAUUGCAGUAACCAAAUGAAUUUGGGAGGAUGCUUUCACACAUUACAAUCUGUCGUGGGCAUUGGGUGCGGGCAUGAGUGCGAUAUGGUGCUUCGAUUUACCGAAGAUUGGAAAAAUUUUGAACCAGUAGCCUGGUUGACUUGACAUCCCCAUUUAUUUACUGAGAUACAACCCAAAAGCUAUAUCCAGGUAGCUUCCUUCCUCCCAACCCUUUCUCUAGAAGAGGAAAAAUACAAAAAAUAAAGAGGAGAGAAGAGUGGAGAUUUAGUAGCUUUCCCCUUCCCUCGUUAUUAUAUCGUAGAUAUCGAUGGCUUUGUCGUCGUUUGCUAGAGAGCUUUAGUUCCUCCGAUGAUGUUAAUCUGCCAUGAAUGUAAAUUUUGUUAUACCAUUGCUUUUGUAGUGCAUUUGAAUCCUGAUCACAACUCAAUAGGAGUUGGAAGUUACUCUUCUAAUUGAUAUAACAUUUUGUAUGCAUCAGCAAUUCAAAUCAUUAUAUAGCAUUGUCUGAUGAAUGCAGCAGUUAUUGCUCU